CCAACCACCGUGGGAGCACAGCACGGAGCCUAUAUAGUGAGACACUAUCUUGGUUCAGAAACUACUAGGUAGGUAGCGCUACGUGAUCGUGAUCAUGGCGUUAGUGCGGGAGCGGAUGGUGAUGUGCGACGGCGGCUUCGACGCCGAGGCCUCCGUGUUCGACGCGCUCGGCUACGGUGGCCACGACGUGCUGCUUGGAGGCCUGGAAGCGGCGGCGCAUUUCGGGGGCUAUGCGUACGCCCACGACGAGCCAGCCGGCGCCGAGAGCGCCUACGCGCCGGAGAGCGCGAGCUGGGCGGGCGCGGGGGCGUCCGUGCUCGCGUUCGACCGCGCCGCGCGGGGCCACGCGGUCCAGGCUAUCGCGGAGGAGGAGGCGUGGAUGGACGCCAUGGACGAGGACCAGCACGCGGGGCCAGCGUCUACCAUAGGGUUCGACCCGGCCACAGGCUGCUUCAGCCUGACGCAGAGCUCCGGUGGCGCGUGCCGGCCGUUCGGGCUCCUGUUCCCGAGCACGUCCAACGGCUCGCCCGAUGCCGCGGGGCAGGCGCGCUGUUCAUCGAAGCGAUCGUACGCGGCGCGCGUUCAGGACCAGGACGCGGAGCAGCGGGCCACCAAGAAGCGGUGCGGUGCGAGCAGGAAGACGAGCAAGGCGAAGCCGGCGGCGCCCACCACCACCUCGCCCAAGGGAGACCCGCAAAGCCUCACCGCAAAGAACCGGCGGGAGAAGAUCAGCGAACGGCUCCGGACACUGCAGGAGCUGGUGCCCAACGGCACCAAGGUCGACAUGGUCACCAUGCUCGAGAAGGCAUUCAGCUACGUCCAGUUCCUGCAGCUGCAAGUCAAGGUGCUGGCGACGGACGAGUUCUGGCCGGCGCAAGGGGGAACGGCGCCGGAGAUCUCCCAGGUGAAGGAGGCGCUGGACGCCAUCUUGUCGUCGCAGAGGGGCAACUGAAUUGAACUGAACUAGUGUAGCUAGAAAGGAGAAACUGCUUUGGCUCAGCCUCCGCGACAAACGUAUAAGGAUAUGGUAGAGAUUAAUCAACAACGAACCACCUCGUUCGAAGAUAAAUAAGGAGACAUAUGCAGGGAAAUACCCCUUUCCUGGGUAUAUA